CGCGCGUGUCCUUCGGUGUGCGCGUCUUCAUAAGCAGCUGCCGGCGCCUCCUUCGCCGCCUUGAAUGUAAGGAGUUCCCCUCCAGCUCGCGGAUCCUUUUGGGGAAGUCGGGAGCCUUCAGGCGCGUGGAGGGCGCGGAAGGAAGCCCCGCAGACAGAGGACUCGCCUCGUGGCCAAGGAAACUCGCCGGGAAAGCUGGUGUUGUCUCCGCCGAUCCAAGGAAGGGGACUGGACUUGACAGUUGGCAAAGGGCGCCCCUCAUCUCCCGACGUCGCCCGGGCAGGGAUCGCCCUCCGGCCGCCAAAGCGCUGCCUCCACCCCUCAAAAUGGAUACGUUUUUUCUACUCUGGGCAUUGCUGCUUCGGUACUUGGCCGGAUCCGGAGUCAGGGGGCAAGCGGCAGGUCAGUCAUGUGGAGGCCGUUUGAAUUCCAAAGAUGCCGGCUACAUCACUUCACCUGGCUACCCACAGGACUACCCCUCCCAUCAGAACUGUGAAUGGAUCAUUUACGCCCCAGAACCCAAUCAGAAGAUUAUCCUCAGCUUCAACCCUCACUUUGAAAUUGAGAAACACGAUUGCAAAUACGAUUUCAUCGAGAUCCGAGAUGGAGACAGUGAAUCAGCUGAUCUUCUGGGCAAGCACUGUGGAAACAUUGCUCCUCCUACCAUCACUUCCUCGGGCCCUUCUCUCUACAUUAAAUUCACCUCUGACUAUGCACGCCAAGGGGCUGGCUUCUCUUUGCGCUAUGAAAUCUAUAAGACAGGCUCUGAAGAUUGUUCCAGAAAUUUCACCAGUUCAAACGGUACUAUUGAAUCCCCUGGGUUUCCUGAUAAGUAUCCUCAUAAUUUGGACUGCGCCUUCACCAUCAUGGCCAAGCCAAAGAUGGAGAUCAUCCUUCAGUUUUUAACCUUUGAUCUCGAGCAUGACCCCUUGCAAGUUGGAGAGGGAGAUUGCAAGUAUGACUGGCUGGACAUCUGGGACGGUAUUCCUCAAGUUGGUCCUUUGAUUGGCAGGUACUGUGGCACGAAAACCCCUUCAGAGAUUCGCUCCACUACUGGCAUCUUGUCACUUACGUUCCACACGGAUUUGGCGGUGGCUAAAGAUGGCUUCUCUGCUCGUUAUUAUUUGGUCCAGCAGGAGGUGCCAGAGAACUUCCAGUGCAACAGUCCGCUGGGGAUGGAAUCUGGCCGGAUCUCUAAUGAACAGAUCACAGCCUCCACCAGUUAUUCCGAUGGCCGGUGGACACCACAGCAGAGUCGGCUUAAUAGCGAUGACAACGGAUGGACUCCUAAUGACGAUAACAACAGAGAAUACCUACAGGUGGAUCUUCGCUUUCUGACGGUGCUGACGGCCAUUGCUACGCAGGGUGCCAUUUCCAGAGAAACACAGAAUGGAUACUACGUUAAGUUAUACAAACUGGAAGUUAGCACCAACGGUGAGGACUGGAUGAUAUACCGCCAUGGCAAGAACCACAAAGUUUUCCGGGCCAACACAGAUGCUACAGAAGUAGUUUUGAAUAAGAUCCACACGCCAGUCCUGACUCGGUUUGUGCGGAUCCGCCCCCAAGAGUGGCACAAUGGGAUCGCCCUCCGACUAGAACUCUACGGCUGCCGGAUCACUGAUUCACCAUGUUCAAACAUGCUGGGGAUGCUUUCUGGACUUAUCCCAGACUCCCAGAUCUCUGCUUCCUCUACCAGAGAGUACCAUUGGGUCCCCAGUGCUGCGCGCCUGGUCAGCAGCCGCUCAGGAUGGUUCCCACGCAUCCCUCAAGCUCAGCCCCAGGACGAGUGGCUGCAGGUGGACCUGGGAGUCCCGAAAAAUGUGAAAGGCGUGAUUAUCCAAGGGGCCCGAGGUGGAGACAGCAUCAAUGUGGUAGAGGCCCGAGCUUUUGUGAAGAAGUUUAAAGUGACCUACAGCAUGAAUGGGAAAGACUGGGAAUAUAUACGGGAUCCCAAAAUGCAAGUUAAGACAUUUGAAGGAAACAUACACUAUGAUACCCCUGACGUUCGGCGGUUUGAUCCGGUUCCUGCACAGUACAUCCGGGUUCACCCAGAAAAAUGGUCUCCAGCAGGAAUUGGGAUGCGAUUGGAAGUGCUUGGGUGUGACUGGACUGAUGUGAACUCUACUGCAGAGACACUGAAGCCCACCUUGAAAAGUGAGGAGAUCACCACCCAGUUUCCGACCGAUGAAGAGGCGACAGAGUGUGCUGAUGGCUGUGUGGAAAAUGGAGAUUUCCAGAUCCCUGUAGGAUUCAACUGCAACUUUGAUCUUCCUGGAGACCUUUGUGGUUGGAAGCAUGAUACGUCUACAGGAUUUACAUGGACUUUUCAUCCUAGAAGCACUUGGACUAGCCAUUUGGGACCAGGCGUUGGGGCCUUCCCAGAUGGCAAGCAUUAUUUGAGGUUGCAGAGCAGUGCCAGAAGAGAAAGACAACACACCCGGCUGUUCAGCCCUAUGGUCUUCUUGCCCCGGAGCGCUGUGUGCCUCAUAUUCCAGUACCAGGUCUCUGGUGGAAGCGGAACGAUGCUGCAGGUGCGGCGGGAAGCUAUGCAUGAGAACAAGCCGCUGUGGAUCAUCAGAGAAGACCAAGGGGAGGAGUGGAGAGAAGGACGGAUCCUACUGCCUAGCUAUGAUAUGGAGUAUCAGAUUGUGUUCGAGGGAAUUAUAAGCAAAGGACAUUCAGGAGAGAUUGCCAUCGAUGAUGUCCGGAUAGGCACUGAUGCCUCCUUAGAGAACUGUAUGGAACCUAUUGCAGCUUUCCCUGGAGAACACACUUAUGAAAUUUCAGUGGAUUUUCCAGCAUUAGAGAGUGAUGUUUCAAUUCAUGGUGGAGGCUUUGGAGAAGAUAUUGAAGAUGACUACUUAGACCUUGAGAAGAACAACAGCGUGUUUUCAACCAACUCCCCGGUCACCCCGAAGAUGGACAAAGAAAAGAGCUGGCUCUACACCCUGGACCCCAUUCUGGUCACCAUCAUAGCCAUGAGCUCCCUCGGGGUCCUUCUCGGGGCGAUUUGCGCCGGCUUGCUGCUCUACUGUACCUGUUCCUACACCGGCCUGUCGUCUCGGAGCUCCACGACUCUGGAGAAUUACAACUUUGAGCUUUAUGACGGCAUCAAGCACAAGGUCAAAAUGAACCACCAAAAGUGUUGCUCUGAGGCAUGACAGAUUGCCCCAGAAUCACAUUUGACAUUUCAUUCCAGCAAGAGUGGCUGGUGAAGAUUACUUUUUAGAUGGGAACUGAAUGCCAUAAUCUUACACAGGCCAGUCCUGGAAUACUGAAGCGGGGAGGAGUCCCUGACAGCCCUCUUGUUUCUCAAAAAGGAGGAGAAGAUGAGAAUCAAGUCAGGCAUAAACUCUGAGCUGCAAGGACUGUGGCUAAUUCUUUUCUUUUUCUUUUUCUUUUUUUAACGAGAAGAGUUGGGUUGGAACAAGCAAAGGGGCUGCAGUGCUGUAAUUUUUUUUUAUGUCUUACAGGAGCAAUCCCAACCCACAGGAGUAAGUCUGCAUUUAGGAAGGCAGGAGCAGGGUGUUCCCACUUCCUUUCUCUGGCAGCCAAGGCCGGAGAGCGUCUCUCCUCCACCCCUCCAUUUUGCUGCCCCAUUCUAUCUUUAGAAAUGACAUGAAGUGACACACACACACACAGGUGCAUGCAGACACACAAGUCCCAUCCAGCUGACUGUCAUUCAGAAAAGCUCCUUCAUUUCUAAGGGAUCUCUUCUUAGGUAAUAGAAGCCCCACUGCCCUCCCCAAGCCGCAGCUUUGUCUCUGCUCCAAAAUGAAAGUGUGUUGUUGCUUUUACCUUUUUUUAAAAUCAGGGAAGGGAUUUUUUUUUUGAGGUGGGGGGGAGGAUUAGCCUGGCAGGUCAACAGGAGCAGCAGUGCUUUCUCUACAGAUUACAAAAGCAAAAGAGAAAGACAGCCUGAGGUGUGAAACUCAACAGAAGCACCUCCUCAAGAGAAGCUGAAGAGCCUUAAAGUGAUUUGUGAAUAAGAGCCAUUUAUUAAAUCCAGAUCUUGGAUUGAAACAGCAGAGGCCUUUAUCACAAGGGCUCUUUCUUUUACUUUCCUUUCUGUCCCUCUUUUUUUAAAAGUUCUUUUAUUAUUAAAAAAAAAAGGCAGCAAACAAAAGACACAAUUAUAAGGUGCCCAAGAACUCAGGAGAUGGCUUUUUAUAUGCUUCAAGAGGAAGACAGGCUGCUAUAUAUAUAUAUAUCUAUAUAUAUAUCUAUAUAUCUUUAUUUUGUGAAUGCUGUGGCCACUCUUAAUGGGGCAAAAGGUAGGUUUAAGAGGGUGGGCGUAAAUAUGGUUAUCCAGCCCACUACCUCCUCAGACAGGCAAGAUUAAAUUUCUUCAUUAGCUAGCAGUACUAAGGGAUAAACUCUGCAAAGGCUUGCAAGAUGGCCUGCCCUUUGAACAAGUGUUUUGACCUCAGUGGCAGUGAUCCUGUUUGUUUUCUGCCCAGCAGAGGGGUAACCUCAUUGGAGAUGUACGUCUCUGCGUGGGCCCCAACCCUUACAAAUUGUUGGGUUACGGUAACAUUGCAGGGUAUCAAGUCUAAACUGAUAUUCUGGCGAGGAUGUUGAAUAAAAAGUCUGGAACAAUCUAUUGUCACCUUCUUAUCCCUUCAGGAAGAAAAAUGCAACUUUCUUCUUUGCAAUUUGCAAAGCAAAUUGUUCAUUUUUGAAGGGUUUUGUAUGUGUGUGUGUGUGUGUAUUUUUUUUUAAUCAAGUGCCUUAGAAAAUAUUUUCCCCUUCACAUAGAGAUGUGUGAUGUAUCAGAAUACAUGAGAGGCAUUCCCCCUUUUCCCUGUUCCUCUUCCAUUCUUUUCCAUUAUCAUCUUUUUCUUCAUCAGCAGCAUAUUGUUAUUUUCAUUAUUAGCUCUCUACUGGGUAGAGUUUUGUCCUUUCCAGUGGUCAAAUAUAUUUCUGAUGCUGUCUUGUGUACUGCUGUGCCAUGCUUGAGGUAUGUUGCAGAUGAGUUUUUUUUUUAAAAAGUGUAUAAAUGCCAAGCUUCGGCUUCCAAUGCCUUUUGUUUCCACUCUGAGCAGCCGCCUUCGCCUUCGAGCCACUUUCUUGGGAGAAAUCAAAGCGACUGAGAUGUGGAAAAAGAUCUCCAGACUAAGCAGAUGAGAUCUUCGGCAGAAUUGCUGUAGUUCUGUGGUCACUUGAGUAGAGACAUCCGAGAGCUCAGCAGUACGCAUCGGCACUAGCAUGCACUUGCUGCAACACUGCUGUAACUUCGAGUUUGGUGUUGUGCAGGCAUGGCUUGUGGGUGUGUUCUCUGCUAGGUGCACAUUUGUAGUAGUCCAGUGAGUGCUGAGGCUGCUUCACACUUUGCACAUUGUAUGUGUAGACUUCAAAACUGUAACUUGUGAAUGUAAACAAUAGGUCUUUGAGAAUAUGGGUGUCAAUUAUGUUCUAGGAGGGAGGAUUUUGUGCAGUUCUCUGCCAAGGGUACACUAGACAGUAAGGAAUUUGUGGUCACGUGAUAGCCAAAAUCCUACUGGCGUUUCCGUAACUCACCACAGC